AUGCAAUCAUCUCACCGUCUCCUCUCUUGCCUUCUUCACUCCCCCAAACGCGGCGUCGUUUUAAACCCUUCUUUCUCCUUCAGUGUUUUCGAAAAACACUCCCUCAUCAACGACAAUUUUCAACUCUUAGACCCUGCCACUCAACUCCAAGGUCUUUGCUCCCUUCAUUGCUCUAAACGCUUCCUUUUGUUGGGUUUAAUUUCUUUCGACAAUGCUAAUCAUCAUUACCAACAGCAACAGCAGUUUCAUCAGUUCUUUUCUCAUCGCAAUUUUUUUACUAGGGCAAAGCAAGUGAAGAAGAUUGAGAUAAGUGAUGAACACAGUCAUAGAGCUGUUAAAACUGCAUUGUGGUGCAACUUCCUUGUCUUCUCUCUCAAGUUUGGUGUCUGGCUAACAACAUCUAGCCAUGUUAUGCUGGCUGAAGUAGUGCACUCAGUUGCAGAUUUUGCUAAUCAGGCACUUCUAGCUUAUGGUUUGAGUAGCUCAAGGCGUGCACCAGAUGCUCUUCAUCCUUAUGGCUAUUCCAAAGAAAGAUUUGUUUGGUCUUUGAUAUCAGCUGUCGGUAUAUUUUGUCUGGGUUCUGGUGCUACAAUUGUCCAUGGAAUUCAGAACCUGUGGACCUCACAUCCCCCUGCAAAUAUUCAGUAUGCAGCUUUGGUAAUUGGUGGUUCAUUUAUCAUUGAAGGUGCUUCUCUUGUAGUUGCUAUACAAGCUGUCAAGAAAGGAGCAGCUGCUGAGGGAAUGACAGUGAGGGACUAUGUCUGGCGUGGUCAUGAUCCCACGUCUGUUGCUGUCAUGACAGAGGAUGGUGCUGCAGUUACUGGCCUCGCUAUAGCAGGAGCCUCACUGAUUGCAGUUAAUACCACGGGAAAUGCAAUUUAUGACCCAAUUGGUUCAAUCAUAGUUGGCAACCUUCUUGGAAUGGUGGCUAUAUUUCUCAUACAGAGGAAUCGGCAUGCUUUGAUUGGUAGGGCAAUGGAUGACAAUGAUAUGGAGAAGGUCCUCCAUUUCUUGAAAAAUGACCCGGUUGUAGAUUCUCUAUAUGAUUGCAAAAGCGAGGUGAUUGGUCCUGGAUUCUUUCGGUUCAAGGCUGAAAUAGAUUUCAAUGGAGUGAUGGUGGUACAAAACCAUCUAAGUAGGACUGGACGUGAAGAAUGGGCCAGACAGUUCCGUGAAGCUGCAAAGAAUAAGGAUGAUCAUGAGUUGCUGAAAGUCAUGUCAAACUACGGUGAGGAGGUGGUUACUGCUUUAGGAAGUGAAGUUGAUAGGCUAGAAAAGGAGAUCCAAGCUCUUGUUCCUGGUAUUCGGCACGUGGAUAUUGAAGCACACAACCCAGUGGACCUAUCCUCAUAGUAUGGUAUUUUUUGGUUUGAGCAGUAUAUCAUGUGGCAUUCUUUUCUUGCAUAAUUAAGAUUGAUCAUCGAUUACUGUAACUUUUUUUUUCCGUAAAGUCUAUAUGAUAAUAUAUACGGAAAUGUUCAUAGUAGAUUCAAAAUCUGGUGAUAUACAGACAACUUUGGUGGAUUUGGUACAUUGAUGAGUAUUUUCCUGGUUAUGAUACUGUUUCAAAUUUGAAGUAAAGUUGUGGAAAUCAAAAGAGAUGGAUUAUUUGCUCCUCAACAUAAAAGUUUAUUGGCUUUGUAAACAUUGUGCCUUCAAAUUUGU